CAGAGGAGGCGCGGGGGCAGCGCUGAGCCGGGCGGCCGGGGGAGUCCGUCGCGGCUGUCGGCUGGGUUAAAUCAGCCCUUGUUCUUGGGAGUCCUCAGUCGUGCUGCUUUGUCAGAAUUGACCGUGUGCAUUUAGACAUUUGCCUCCAGAUCUGUCAAGUAUGGCCCUGCUGAAGGGCAGUGGCCCCUGAGGAAAAUCACUCCUCAGGCAGAGAAUCGCUGCUGUGACAACCUACUGAGAGUGAUACCACAGAAACUAUGCAAGCAGGUUUCACACUCCUGAAGUAAACAUGAUGAAAACAGAGUCUUCAGGAGAAAGAUCCACCCUCCGAAGUGCCUCUCCUCACAGAAAUGCUUACAGAACUGAGUUCCAGGCACUGAAAAGCACCUUUGACAAACCGAAAUCAGAUGGAGACCAAAAAGCGAAAGAGGAAGGAGAGACCUCACAGAGCAGAGGAAGGAAAUAUGGCUCAAAUGUCAAUAGGAUCAAGAACUUAUUUAUGCAGAUGGGCAUGGAGCCCACUGAAAGUGCUGGAGUUGCCCCUAAAACCAGGGGAAAGGGUGGCCCUCCAUCACCUCAAAGGCGAAUUAGGCCCAAAGAAUUUGUAGAAAAAGCGGAUGGCUCAAUCGUAAAGUUGGAAUCAUCCGUCUCUGAAAGGAUUAGUAGAUUUGACACUCUCCAUGAUGGUCCUUCCUAUUCCAAGUUCACUGAAACUCGGAAGAUGUUUGAGCGAAAUGCUCAUGAAAUGGGACAUUCAAAUCGCUAUUCCCCAAAGAAAGAAAAAAUCAUUUCUAAUGAACUUCCGGAUGAGUGGUGCAGCUCAAAGUCUCACAGAGGCAGCACUGAUUCACUGGACAGUCUUAGCCCAAGGACAGAGACUGUCUCUCCAACUGUGAGUCAACUCAGCGCAGUUUUUGAAAACACUGACUCACACAAUGUAAUAGUAGAAAAGUCGGAAAACAACGAAGAGUACUCUGUAACUGGUCACUAUCCACUAAACCUCUCAUCUACUGUCACAAAUAUCUCCUCCCCAGCUGCAAACCUUGAGGGUUUCAGUCCUUUGAAAGAGGCCAGCACGUGGUCUCCUCCAGCCAAGCAGGCUGAGAACUCUCAGCACACUAACACGCCUCUAACAUCGAGACAGAAGGUGUCCACAGGCACUUCGGCAGGUUCAAAAACAACUGAAGAAAUAAAAAAGAGCACAGAGGCAAGUGCUGAUUCUGUUGAGAGUUCUGCAACAGGUCAACGGGAUUUGGUUGGCGUGCUUGACAGCGAAAGAUCUGUGGAUAGCUGUGCUCGGAGUAAGUCAAAAACAGAGACAGGAGUUUUGGUGCAGCAGAAGGAACGGUCAGAACAUACAGAAGGUAUUUUUGAUCAGCCUGAAGCUGCUGAGUUAACAAGAAAUGUAGCUUCAGGUGGUGAUUUUGCCACAGAUGCAAUUUCCGAUGCUACAGAGUCCCAUUACGAUGAGGAAAGUGAAAAAGAUGGACAGGAAGAUGUGAAUAAUUUUCAGAGUUCCCAUGUGUACAUGCACUCUGACUACAAUGUGUAUCGGGUACGAUCCAGGUAUAAUUCUGACUGGGGAGAGACAGGUACAGAACAGGAUGAUCUAGAUGACAGUGAUGAAAAUAACUGUUAUGAACCUGAUAUGGAAUAUUCUGAAAUUAAUGGAUUGCCAGAUGAAGAUGAAAUCCCAGCCAACAGAAAAAUACAAUUUAGCCGAGCUCCAAUUAAGGUUUUCAAUACAUACUCUAAUGAAGACUAUGACAGAAGAAAUGAUGAAGUUGACCCAGUGGCUGCAUCAGCUGAAUAUGAACUUGAGAAGCGUGUGGAAAAGCUGGAGCUCUUCCCAGUUGAGCUAGAAAAAGAUGAAGAUGGACUUGGCAUAAGCAUUAUUGGAAUGGGAGUUGGAGCUGAUGCAGGCCUUGAAAAACUGGGAAUAUUUGUCAAAACAGUAACAGAGGGUGGGACAGCAGAAAGAGAUGGCAGGAUCCAAGUGAAUGACCAAAUUGUGGAAGUUGAUGGCAUCAGUCUGGUUGGUGUUACACAAAAUUUUGCUGCAACUGUUCUUAGAAACACCAAAGAGAAAGUCAGGUUUGUAAUUGGACGAGAAAAACCGGGACAAGUGAGUGAGGUUGCGCAGCUGAUUAGCCAAACUCUAGAGCAAGAGCGACGCCAGAGAGAGCUGCUGGAGCAGCAUUAUGCACAGUAUGAUGCAGAUGAUGAUGAGACAGGGGAAUAUGCUACAGAUGAAGAAGAUGAAGACAUGGGACCUGUCCUUCCAGGAGGUGACAUGGCUAUUGAAGUGUUCGAUCUCCCUGAAAAUGAUGACAUGUUCUCCCCCAGUGAUGUGGACACCAGCAAACUUGCUCACAAAUUCAAAGAAUUGCAAAUCAAACAUGCAGUUACAGAAGCUGAAAUUCAGAAGCUGAAGACAAAGCUGCAGGCUGCUGAGAAUGAGAAGGUGAGGUGGGAAUUGGAGAAGACCCAACUCCAGCAGAACAUUGAGGAGAAUAAGGAAAGGAUGAUGAAAUUAGAGAGUUAUUGGAUUGAGGCACAAACCCUGUGUCACACAGUGAAUGAGCACCUCAAGGAGACGCAAAGCCAGUAUCAGGCUCUGGAGAAGAAAUAUAACAAGGCAAAGAAAUUAAUCAAGGAUUUUCAGCAAAAGUAAGCAGCUACACCAGGCUCAGAAAAUGACUUAGUGUCCAGAUAGAAAACAUGUAUGUGAUAUAUUUUGAAAUAUGAAACCCACUGUUAAACACCUGUAAGGUAAAGACUAUUUUCCGCUUUUUUUAUUCAUGAAAAGCAUGGACUCUUUAUUAUGGAAAAAUGCUAAUACUAAGCUGUAGUCAUACUGUACCUAAAUAAAGAUUUUGUCUGUAAUAUUCCAGGUUGGUAUAUUUCAGAAUUAGGAGAUAGCUCGAUGUAAUUGCAAACAACUAAGAAUAAUCACAGUAAAGCGUUUGAUAGGCAAAGUUUGCAGCAAUUUAUAUGGGUAUUGUAUCAGCUGGAUUCAUUCCUGCUGUGUACUAAUGUAACAUCAAAAAUAAUAUUGUUUUAUUACAUUUUACAUUUUAUUUUUCUUCUUCUUGUAGAUGCCAAGAAUGUUUGAGCUGAGUUGAGCUAACUGAUGAUUUCCUGGCCCCCUCUGUUUCAUGUGGUCCCCUCUCCCUGGUGGCUAGCAAGAAUA